UUGGCAGCAACGCCUCUGUUUAGGUCGCCCCCGGCUCUCUUUCCUGUCGCCGUUUUUGGGACAAUUUUUUGUUAAACACUUUGUAGCUUCAUGUUUUCGCUCGUGUGUCUGUGAGGGCAUGGAGGGCCAAGUCGUCGGACCCGGGCCGUACCGGGCCACGAAGCUGUGGAAUGAAACCAUUAAACUUUUUCGUGGAGGCAUGCCCUUACGAAGGCACUGGGCGAACUUUCGCUGCUACGACUGCACUUUCACCGGUUCGGAGGCAGUGGAUUACCUUCAUGAGCUGCUCCGAAACAACUACAACUUUGGGCCCGAGGUAACACGUUACCAGACUCUGCAGCUGCUCAGGAAGUUCUUUAAAGCCCAUGUCAUUGAAGAUGUCAAAGGACGCCAUGGGACAGAGGACUUUGAAGACAACAGCCAUCUGUACAGGUUCCCCACAACGUCUCCGCUCAAGUCUCUUCCAACAAGGCCGUCAUGGAGAGACGACAGCGACCUGCCCAGGCUCAUCCGCUGGGAUGACUUCGAGGAACUGCCUCAGAAAGAAAAUGUUGCACCUCAGAAAUCUGCAGUACUGACUUCAGACUUGUGGAAUAAAAGACACAGUGUUGCUAUUGGAGAUGUUCAUGAAUGCAAGCUCAUACGUAGGAGGGAAGUAACUUCCAAACAAGUGGACCACAUCUGGAAAUCGAUGACUAUCACACAUUUGCAGAGAGUUCUGGGCCUGAAGACUUUGGAUGGAAUUUUAAACCCAGCCUCUGUGAAUGGGAAAGACAUUGUUGUCAAUAUCUUCAAUGUUAAUAAAACAGGCAUAGUUGUACUGGAAAACAAAGCUGAGGACAUGCCAUAUUGGGUGAUCUCAGCAAUGAAAUGCCUUGCAAACUGGCCUGAAGGCAACGACGCCAAACAGCCGCUGUACCCAGGGUUUGAGAGAGAUGUUCUGAGGACCGUAGCAGAUUAUUAUCAGAGACUAAAAGAGCCCUUGCUGACGUUCCAUUUUUACGAGGUCUUCGUCAACAUCCUCAGUCUGCUACAGGAGCAGGAUAAAGCCAUCGAGGCUCUUCAAGACAGCUGCCUGCUGCUGCCGCCACCAAACCGCAGACGGCUCCAGCUUUUACUGCGCCUCAUGGCCCGCGUCUGCCACAAUUCCCGCCUGCCUCCUCUGAAUGACACUAUUGGUACCCGCACGCUGAUGGUGCAGAUGUUCUCUCACUGCGUCCUGGGCUCCCCCGAUGACAUGGACUUGGACGAGUUGCUUGCAACCAAACUGGUGACCUUCAUGAUGGAGCACCACAGCGCGAUCUUCCAAGUGAAUGCCAAGCUGCGCUGCCAGGUCGAGGAGCAUCUGUCACACUUGAAAAGAGCUCAGAUCAAAUAUGCAGGCUCCGAUACGGAUUUCAGUGCCUCACCGGCUUUCUGCAAACAGAUCAAGAGAGUAGACUGCGAGGAGCAGAAAGUUAUAGGAACACAGAUCCCCCUGCAGCAGCUGCUGGAAGGUCUGAUCGCAGACCAAGAACUCCCUGCAAAGGACAAGAGGAAAAGACUCAAACAGUUCCAGAAGUCUUACCCAGAGGUGUACCAAAAACGAUUUCCCACUGAGGAAAGUAAAGCUGCCGUCAUUCCUGAGAAAGCCCCGCGGCUCAAGCCUCACCUCGUGCUUUUCAACCUCAAGAAACCAUUCCAGCCUUUCCAGAGAAGCUGGAGUUUUAGGGCAUGAGCUGCCACUACCGAUACUUUCUGCUUCAGCCUCCAAAACCCAUCUCAACCUCAUUUAACCACAAAACACUACAAUUGUAGCUUUAGCUGUGGGUGGACUGGACACAGUUGUGCUACAUUUUAUCAACAAAUAUAGUUUUAACGAUCAAGUUGGUUUCUGUGGCACAAAGGCAAAUUUAGUCAAUGUUAAUAAUUAUGGGAUUUUUGCCUUUCCACAUAAUCUAUUUUGGCAAAUGAACACUUGCACUUAUCAUGUGGGAGGGUGAACAGAUCUUUUUCCUAAGGGCACAUAUCAUGUUUUCUACAACUUUUAUGAUUAGGUUUAAGCUCUGAAUGGCUUUGUUAAAAUUUUCAUUGUCCAAGUCAAGGCAAAAUAUGUAUGGGGCAACAUUGUGUUCAAAAUGUUAAACUCUGGCAUUGAUGCAUAUCACAAAAGCAAUCUCAGGUAAUAGUAGAAAUGGAAAACUCUUAAGUUUUGAUAUAAAUUCAUAGAGUAAGGAAUGAUUUAACUAUUUGUCCAGUUAAGAGAACAAAGUCAGAUGUUCCCUUGAAGCCAUGUGUUGGAGACCUAGUAGACAAGCAACAUACCCAAGCAUUUAAAAGUAGAGAUGCAACUCUUCCUGUGUCUAGCAAUUUUGAAUUUUAGGCUCCUAAUUUGAUUCAGAAUCAAAUUUCUCUUAUCAUAUGAUCUACAGGUUUUGUUUAAGUUUUCUGACUGACGAGAAGAAAAUGCAGUGUAAACAGAACAUUUAAAACUAUUUUAUAAGGUUGCCGACUAGAUCAGAUUCCAUCAGUUUAUGUUUAAACUAAAAUAGGGUUUCUGCAACUUAACCUACCAGCUAAGUUAGGUUAGCUUAGCUGCCUAACUUUUUUUUUCCUCAAUAAAAUUUAACUGCAGUAAAUUGAUGCUGAUGUCAAAAUCAGCAUCAAUGGCAUGACCUAAACUCAUUACGCCUGUCUAACAUUACAUAAGAUGUUGCUUAGGUAUUAAAGGAGACUUCACGCUAUUUUUACACAUGGUAAGGUUUAUAUGAUUUGCUUAUUUGAUGCUAAAAGAAAAGAAUGAUGGAAUAGUGAUAUUUGCCCUUUUGAGAAGUUUUUUUAAUUUUUUUUUUCCCAAAAACUUGAAAUGACAUAAUUGAUGUAAUAACACUGGAGUUAUUAGUCAUAUUAAAAUAAGUAUUUUGAAUUUAUGCUUUAAAAAAAAAAAGAACUUACUGAGACAAAAGUUUUAAAAGUAUUGACAAGUUUUGUGUGUAGAUUAUGCCAUCUCAUUUGAUCAUGUGAAUUCCUAAAUGUUCAAAAAGAUGAUUUUCUGUUACAUACCAGAUAUUUGUGAUGCAUUUGUAACUCGGUGGAUCAAGUUAGGGGCAGAAAUGUCCAUGUUUUGCUGUAAUGAUAACAAUCUUGAAUUUAGGCAGCUUAAUUGUUUACUAAUUUUUAAUAAUGUAAUAACUGACCUGCUGUAAAUGAACAUAUCAAAUGGUUCUGUAGAACUGCUCUCUCAGAAUAGAAUUAUGAAUGGAUUAAAAGCUGACUGGUACUUUAGCGACCACUUUCUAAACAAACUUAGACUGUCUAGAUGUAUUGAUUUUAUAUUAAUGUGCAACAUUUCUUUCUGAUGUGUUUUUGUAUAACUGCACUGUCUAGACCUCAGAUCAUGUUUUUAUGUGAUGCUUUUUGUUUUGCGUACAUGUCUCGCUUCCUUAUGUGGUACUUAUUUCAUUUACUUUCUUCUCUCGUGAUCUUAAACGUAGCUACCAAUUUAAUUUAAUAUCUGCUUGUCCUCCCAUGUCAAUCAAUUUUCCCUUCACAUAAUUUGAGACUUGAAAUGUCAGUAUGUGGAUUUUCCUCAUUUUCAAUGCUGGAAUAGCUGUUACACCUGACUUGCUGCUCAGCGUGGUAAAAGGAAACACUGGAGGAAAGUCAUUUUCAUUUCUAAUUUUCCUAAUAAAAAGACGCCACUGUUUUGUACUACA